AUGCCGUUCUACCGAUUCUUCACAAUCGGGAUAUUUUGCACGCUCGCGCAGAAUGAAUUUGAGCAUCACCGGCGGUGGACUUUUGCGACCAUCCUGAGUGAUGCCAGUGUGUUGCUUCUGAGCGGUAAACUGGACGUGCAGACGCCUCACAAGUAUGCGGAAUACUUGUUAGAGGCGCUUGAUACCGACAAGAAAGAGCUCGUCUCGUUCGACUACGCGGAGCACGAAGCGAUCUAUUCGACUCUGCUUGGUGAUGGAACCAACCCAACGUUCACCUGCGGUCUGGAGCUCCUGAAGUCGUACAUCACAAACGACGGCGACCUCCAGCGGCUUAACAAGACGGGCGCGAGUGAGAUGCCCGCGUUGAAUUUGACUGUGCCAACGUACCAGCUACACAACCUUUUGCACACUGACGAAGCAUAUGACGGAGAGUACAAACCGGAGUUGAGCUCCAGCUAG